AUGGCGCCCCGAGAAGGUUUCUCGACGCCCGGAGCUAGCAAGCAACCUUCUUUGAAGGCCUUAGUUACUCGACGCCAAGCGAAGGCUCCUCUACUCAUGGUCGCACGGCAUCUGGGUAGUAGGACUUGGUCCAUUCUGUGGCCGACGCUGCAGGGCCAUUCGGCUUCUUUGAUUGCGGAUGGGCGACGGUACAUUGCCUGUUCAGGUACUGUCGCCACCCUCAUCGGCCCAUGGCACGCCGAGUUUGUCACCAGCAAGCAUGCAGAGACAAGGUGCAGAAUACACAUGUAUCGAGGACGGGUCGGCAGCCGUCUCAUUUCGUCGGUCAUGGCCCUAUUAGCGCCGAGCGGACUGGAUUGGAUAGCACCAAACCAAAUUAGCCAGCACCCCAAACUGGUUGAGCCCUUUGACAACCGAAUGCCCUUGAAUCAAUGCAUUGCGGAGGCUGUAUACAUACGGGGGGCAUCGGCCGACUGGUCUUUUGUUGCCAACCGACAUUCAGCGUGUAAUGACGGGCUUGGGCUUGUCUUGCAUGUGUACUACCCGCCAGCGCCCCAACAGUUCCACCUAUGA